GUUACCCAAAUGACAUUUUGUUUUUUCUGAAAUGAAAACGUUGACCACCAAACCAUACGUUUCCGGUGAUUUUUUUCUUUUUGUGGUUUUUUUCAAAUAGUGAUUUGUGUUGUUAGAUGACGGCAAUGAUAACAUUGGUGAUGUGGAAAUAUUCACUUGAGUCACCAUUUGAACAAACAACGAUACAACAAACGGUCAGCAUAACAGACACAACAGCAACGAAGAAAUUGCCACAGUAAUUGAAUAUGAAGAAACAAACAGAAAAAAAUCCACAUAUCCUGUUUGUAUUUUGCAAGCGAACAAAAAAAUAAAAAAUAAAAACCAUAGAAGAAACUUAAUUCAAUUUUUUUUGAAAAAAAUUGAAUUCUUUCAUUUCAUCUUCCCCAGUGAAUAAUCUUUCCAUAGUUUCGAUACUUCUGACAUUGGCCAAAUAAAAACCGGAAAAAAUAUUCUCGUCAUCAUCGUUCAAAGAUUCAUCCCACCUCAUUUUAGUGAAUGAAUGUGAAUAAAUAAAAUAAUAAUUAUGGCAACGUCAUCAUCGACAAUGACAAUUUCUAGUAAUGAUGAAAAUCGUCUAAUCGAAUGGCUUAGAAAUAAUUGUCUAAAAUUAUUAACGACAGCCAAUUUACAACAACAACAACAAGCUCACAAUAAUAAUGAUGAUGAUGAUUUAAUAAAAGAUAAUGAACGGAAGUCCAAUUUAUCAUUAUUGCAUUUAUUAAAUAAUGAUAAUCAACGAAAACGACAGUCAACAACAAUGACGAUGAACGAUGAUAAUGGAUAUGAUACAUUCAACCAUGAUAAUAGAAAUAUUGUUGUAUCACCUGUUAGAUCACAAGAUGAACAACAUCGACAAUUAUCAUCAUCAUCAUCAUCACCGGCAAUUGGCGGAACUGAAUUAAAUCCAUCCGAACGUUUAAUGAUAAUGUCAACAUCAUCAUCAUCGACAAUUAACAAUGAUGUAACAGCUUCUGCAUCAUCACCAUCAAUGAUAAAUUCGAUUGAUGGUAAUGAUCCAAUAUUGAUAACGGCAAUCAAUAAUGGUGAUCAUCAUCAUCAUCAUAAUCACCAUCAUCAACCAUCGAUUGUAGUUGAUACUCAUGCGAUAAUUGAUACGAAUAGUGAAUCUGCUAGAAAUGCCGUGAUAUAUGUUGGCGUAAUAUUAAGUUUUUAUCUAUUGGCCAUACUGACAAUUGCCAUUCAAUAUUACAUAAAACACCAGACAUUAGAUCCAUUCAGUGCCUAUAUUUUUGGUGGUGGUUGUAGUUCAUCAUCAUCAUCGACAUCAACCAAUAGAGAUGGACGUGGUUCGAAUUCAAAAUCAUAUAAUAAACAUCGAGAUCGUCGCAUGAAUUUGAAUUCAAAUUUGAAUAAUAAUCGUAUUAUGACUCAAAAACAACAACGGUCAUCACCAUCAUCGUCAUUAUUGUCACCAUCAUCACAAUCGAUUAUUGGUGCUAGUGGACCCAAUUCAUUGGCAAUUCAAUGUAGACAACAGCCAUUAUCAUUACAACGACCAUUGAAUAAUUCUUUAUCAUCACCACCAUCAUCAUCAAGGUUAAUGUUAUUCGAACAAAUGAUGAUGACACAGCCAAAAGAAGGUGAUGUUUUACAUUCUUCACCAUCAUCAAUGAUUAUCAUUCAUCAUUGUGAUAAUGAUGAUGAUGGAAAUGGUAAUAAUAAUAAUCGACAACGACAAAUUUCAAUCAACAUACAACCGACAAUAAUUUUAUCAAAUGAUUCAAAUCAAAUUGAAAAACAAAACGAUGAUAUUGAUCGACAAGAUGAACACGAAAAAUUAACCAUUGAUGAAAUGGUUAUCGAUGAUUUUGACGAUGAUGAUGAAUCCUGCAUCUAUGCCCAUGAUGAUGAUGAUGAUGACACAACGGAAGACGAUGAUGAUGAUUCCGUUGAGGAAGAUGAACAAACAGAUUCAAAAUUUCGAAUUUUCUCAUCAAAAAAGCCAACUGCAACGACAACAACAACAACGGCCAGUAAUUUGACUGAUAUGAUACAAACAAAGGAUCCAUUGCCGAGUUCAACUAUAACAACAACCACCACCACUACAUCAUCUCGUAGACAAAUUCUUAAGAAUCUUUUCUCAUCAUUCGGUUCACUAGGUUCAUCAUCGACACCAUCACCACCUCCAUCAUCAUCAUCAACAGCAAUGGUGAUUGAUCAUUCAAAUUCAUCAUCAGUGCCUUUAUCAGUGCAAUCAUCAUCAAUAACUGCAGCCACUGCAACAACAACCAAUGUACAGCCAGUUGUAAAAAAAAUUCUAAUUCGAUCCGUAUCAUUACGAACAAAUGACGAUGGAUCAUCUUCAAGCUGUUGUCCAUCAUCAUCAUCCUCAUUAAGAAAUAAUACAAAUUUUCAAUCAAUAACUAGUGGAUCAUCAUCGACCACAACAAUAAUGUCACACCAUGAUCUAAUUUAUGAUGGUUCAUCAUCGGAUAAACUACCGAAACUUGUUCGAUUUCAACAACAACAACAACAACAACAGAAUUCAACAAUAACGUCAAAUCAAUCAUCGUCAUCAUCAUCAUCAUCGAUUGUUAUUGACAAUGGUCAUCAUAAUCAUAAUCGACGAUAUGAAGAGACACAUUUGUAACAAUAAACGUUUGUUCAUCAUCCAUUUAUAUAAAACAAUCGAUAAUUGUUGCAUUUUUAUUCAUUUUUCCUUUCGUAUAUCAUAUUAUCAUAUU